UCCGUAUAUCUCGGUGGUGACUCAUAUAUACAUUUUACAAUCACUUGCUAGACCAACGGGCUUCACUUGUUUCUCUCCCAAAGUUUCUUCAUCAUCCUUGCGAUAAAGAAAACAACAAUCGGCUGUUUCGUUUCGAUCCAAAGAUGAGUGAAGAAACUAAAGAUAACCAGAGGCUGCAGCGACCAGCUCCUCGUCUUAACGAGAGGAUUCUCUCAUCCUUGUCAAGAAGAUCCGUAGCUGCUCAUCCAUGGCAUGAUCUUGAGAUUGGACCUGGAGCUCCACAGAUUUUCAAUGUGGUUGUUGAGAUCACUAAAGGAAGCAAGGUCAAAUACGAGCUUGACAAAAAGACAGGACUCAUCAAGGUUGAUCGUAUUCUCUACUCAUCAGUUGUGUACCCUCACAACUAUGGUUUUGUUCCUCGCACAUUGUGUGAAGACAAUGACCCCAUUGAUGUCUUAGUCAUCAUGCAGGAACCUGUGCUUCCGGGUUGUUUUCUGCGUGCCAGAGCCAUUGGAUUAAUGCCUAUGAUUGACCAGGGUGAAAAAGAUGACAAGAUCAUUGCAGUGUGUGUUGAUGAUCCUGAAUAUAAGCACUACACUGACAUCAAAGAACUUCCUCCUCACCGUCUCUCUGAAAUCCGUCGUUUCUUCGAAGACUACAAGAAAAACGAGAACAAGGAAGUUGCAGUGAAUGAUUUUCUGCCAUCUGAGUCUGCGGUUGAAGCUAUCCAGUACUCAAUGGACCUCUAUGCUGAAUACAUUCUCCACACCCUGAGGCGUUGAAGCUUCUCCUCAGAAGAUUUCUGCAGCAUCUAUGUUUCUGUUACUUUUCAUUGAUAAUAAGAAGCAUAUGAUCCUAAUUGAUAUUACUUUUAUCUCUGCAUUUUUCUUCCUUAUCAUUUGGUCCUUCUGUAAUUUCGUUUUAAAGACCCUUUCUUGGCAUUGAAAUUUUUGGUUUAAUUUGUUUGAAGAGUUCUAUAAACCAAUUAAACUCG